AUGGUGGAAAACAAUUUAACUAGUUCAUUAAUACCAUUACUUGCAUUAACAAAGGGACAAAAUCAACGACGAUUCAUGAUUAUUAGUAUGGUUGCAACCAUAAUAACUAUUGCAGUUUUCAUUUAUCUCGGAAAAUAUCCUUUAACUGCCAAUUCUUAUGUUCAUCAACAAAAUUCUUCACGUACAUCCAUAUCACAACAAUUACCAAAACGUGUAUUUAAUACUUUUGCACGUCAUUAUACGAAGAAUAUAUCGGAUUGUUGGACAGACGAAGAUUACAAUUAUUGGAAACAAGGUGAUUUUUAUCCACCUGGUCCAUUACAUGGAAAUAUUGCAUAUAUGAUUUUAACUGGUGAUAAACAUUUACGAUCUCGCUGUGAUAUUAUGAUGUGUACAUUUGGUGUCACUAUUCAUCCUUCGCGACUCUUUUUUGUUGGUGAAUCAUCAUCCGAUAGUCGAAUACCGAUCUAUGAUGUUGUUGCACCGGAAACACCGAGACCAGUUGAUACAACUUGGAGUCAUCAAAAAGUCUCACGUGGAUUAGCAAUGGUCAUCGACAAAUUAAAUAAGAGUGCAGAUGGUGCUGAAGUGCAAUGGAUCAUGGUGCUGGAUGAUGAUACAUUUAUUUCGCCGCCUAACUUAGCUUUAUUAGUUGCAGAAUAUAAUCCUCAAGAAUCAUUCAUGAUUGGGCAAGAAUGUGCAGGAGCAUUUUGUGGUGGUGCAGGUUAUGUUAUUUCAAGAGGAUUAUUCGAAAGACUGCCGCCAUUUAUUAUUUCAUGCUAUCGAACGCCCGUGGAUGGCUAUAGUGAUCAGGCUGUUCCUCGCUGCAUAACUAUUAAAACUAAUGUACGACCAUUAGAUAGAAAAGAGUUUAAUUCUCAACCACCCGACCAUUUCACUUCUCGAGAUGGUUUACAAGUUCGACCACAAGGUUAUGGAAGAGGAAUUACCUUUCAUUAUAUGAAACCAGCAGAGAGAUAUCUAUCUUUAUGGAGACUUCAUCAGGCCUAUUAUCGAUCACGUUAG